AUGCAAGAAGGAUCUACAGAAGAGCUCCACAGCAGCCAACCAUGUGAGAGCAAACAAAACGAGCACGCUGGACCACUGGUUAACAGAAGCAGAAAGACAAUAGUGACGGGAGGUGGAGGCUACCUGGGAUACAAUCUGGGCUGUGCUCUUGUUAGGUCAGGAAUUGCCGUUGUUCUGUUUGACGUACGGAAACCUAAAUGGGAAAUUCCAAAUGGAGCAGAUUUUUUCAAGGGUGAUGUGAGGGAUUAUGAUGCAGUGUUCAAAGCAUGUGAAGGGGUUGACUGUGUUUUUCAUGUGGCUGCAUGUGGAAUGUCAGGAUUAGAACAACUUCAAAAGAAAGACCAGAUUGAAUCCAUAAAUGUCGGAGGCACAAAAAUAAUAAUUGAUGUCUGCAAACAAAGAAAUAUCCCUAGACUGAUAUAUACCAGUACAGUGAACGUGGUAUUUGGAGGGAAUCCUAUUGAAGAAGGAGAUGAAGAAACCGUGCCGUAUUUUCCACUGGAAAAGCAAUUUAAUCAUUAUUCUAGAACAAAGGCAAUUGCAGACCAAAUGGUUCUUGCUGCUAAUGGAACUUUACUCAAAGGAGGCGAUAGGCUCCAUACUUGUGUGCUUCGUCCACCAGGCAUAUAUGGACCAGAAGAGCAGCGCCACCUGCCACGAGUAGCCGUAAAUAUCCAGCGGAGAUUAUUUAACUUCAAGUUUGGGAAUCACAAAGUUCAGAUGAACUGGGUUCACAUAGGAAAUCUAGUACAAGCUCACUUACUAGCUGCUGAGGCUCUCACAUCUGAGAAGGGUUAUAUAGCUAGUGGUCAGGCGUAUUACAUACAUGACGGUGAAAACGUCAUAUUUUCUGAAUGGAUAGUCCCUUUAUUUGAAAAAUUAGGCUACAGGAAACCCUGGAUACAUAUUCCUGUUCUCCUGGUUCAUAUAGCAGCCACUGUGAUGGAAUAUCUGCACCUGAUACUAAAGCCAGUUUUUAGCUUCACACCUAUCUUGACAAGGAAUGAGGUGUGGAACGUUACUGUAACUCACACUUUCCGAAUAGACAAGGCACGAAAUCAACUUGGUUACAAACCCAAGAAAUUCUCAUUCGCUGAUUCUGUGGAUCAUUACCUUAAAACAAGACCUACUUGCCACAAAGAUCACACGUUCCUUAAAAUGGUGUUUGCUUUUGGCAUUAUGUUAAGUUUGAUCAUUCUUUCUUUCUUCUAA